AGACAGGCUUUAAUAUGGCAGGACUGUAAAGGCAAAAUGGGUAAAGUGUUUAGAUCCUGGAAUAAUACUUGGCUUGAUUGGGGCCCUUUAGGCACUUGGUUGGAAGAUUGUACAAAUGCUAAAGAUUUUAUCUCUGAGUGUGAUCUGUCUAAGGUAGUUCCUAUGAAAGAUACAUUUGACACCACUAAGGACAUUAUGUGGGUAGACGCAGGAACAGCUAAUCCUCGACCUCAGCUCCGGACAGGUCAUACUUUAUAUCCUCCUCAAGUUCAUGUUUGGAAGUUGCUUGCUGCUCUCAAACCAGUGACCUUCUUUGACGGCAGUGUUGGCAUGGCUUCUAAGAAGGUAUAUUAUACCAUUGGUAAAGUGAAAAGUCAAGCUGUUACAGCUUGUGUGCACUUUCCUCUAGUAAUCUUAAUUGGACAUGUGGUCAUUCAGGACAUGAACUUAACUUGCCAAAAUUGUCAUUUGUAUACAUGUCUUAACAACUCUAUAGCCUUUGAUCCAGCUUUUGACUCUGUUAUGAUUUUGACUCAAAGGAACUCUUUAUGGAUUCCUGUAAAAAUACAUCGUUCCGAAACAAGCAGUCCUGCUCCAAGUU